AUGACUCCUCAAGAAGCUUGGAGUGGAAAGAAGCCCUCAGUUGAUCAUUUUAAAGUGUUUGGGUGCAUUGCAUAUGCAUACAUCCUUGAUGAGAAAAGAAAGAAGUUGGAUGAUAAGAAUGAAAAGUGUAUUUUUCUUGGAGUAAGUGAAGCCUCAAAAGCUUAUAGGCUGCACAAUCUAGUGACAACGAAGAUAGUGAUAAGCAGGGGCGUAAUAUUUGAUGAAGAAACUAUGUGGAAUUGGAAUGUUGAAAGCUCAGUCCAAAAGCCACUAGUAUAUGAUGGUGUCUUAGAUGGUGAGGAAGAAGAAGUACCUGCAACUCAAAUCUAG